AUGAUCCUGAAUAGGCACACAUGGUGUUUUCAGCUGCUGGCAGGGCCAACUAGAUUCGCUAAAAGAGAAAGGAGCGAUCGUUCGCGCGAUGGAUACUGCAUUAUGGAGAAGGCUGGCUCAAAAAAACGAAAAAGACCCGAAAAAUCGGUAAUUGAAGAAGCAGUCAGUGAAGUUUUGGAGAAAGGUCAGUCCAUAAACAGAACUGCACUUGCCUUAAACAUAUCGAGGGCUUACUUAGCUAAAAUCGUUAAAAAAGUAAAGACGUCUGGCGAUUCAUCAUAUGAACACUGA